GCAAUCCAGCCAAAACUAGGAACGUCAAUUCCUCUCCUUCCUCGACUUAUCACCCUUUGCUUUCAACUUUCAUCUUAACUUUGAAUCCACAUUCUCAAUUAAAACAAUGGGUGUUUUAUUCUCCAUCCCUCUCCUUGGAACUGUUGGAGGACUGGUCUCAACUCUUGGAUUGAGUUGUCUCAGUGGCCUCGUCUUCUUUUGCACUUCUCAAGCAGCUUCGGCUUUUUGCAAGUCAUGCAACUUUUCAUCAUCGAUUGCCACUCGGGUCGCCUAUUGCCUUAUUUUGAUCUUAAAUAGUUUGUUCGCAUGGAUUAUGUUAACACCCUUUGCGAUACGAAAAUUAGAAAGUUGGAGUUAUGACUACAUCAAGAUGAGUUGCACAGCGGACACUUGUUAUGGAGUCUUGGCAGUUCACCGAAUCUGUUUCGCCCUCACGCUUUUUCACGCUGUAUUGGCUAUUCUCCUCGUAAACGUCACAAGCACUCGUCAGAAGAUGGCUGUAGUUCAGAACGGGUGGUGGGGUCCGAAAGUCUUGAUUUGGAUUUUACUUGUUCUCGCCACCUUUUUCAUCCCCAAUGGUUUCUUCAUGUUCUAUUCGAGAUAUGUGGCCUGGCUUGGAUCGAUAAUUUUCAUUUUCUUUGGUCUCGUUUUACUGGUCGACUUUGCUUAUGUGUUUGGAGAUUACGUAUUACGAGAGAUUGAGGCGACUGCAGAUAAACUCGACUGGCGUUCAAAGGCAUGGGGAUACACGCUCAUUGGUGUCACGCUCUCUAUGCAUCUAAUCAGUGUUGCAAUCAGCAUUAUCGAUCUGUCGUUUUUCGGCGUGGAAGGAUGUGGUCUCAAUCGGUUCUUUAUCAUCUUCAACCUUGUCCUUGGUCUUAUCGUCACGAUUAUAUCUAUUCAUCCUGCUGUGCGGGAGUGCAACCCUAGCUCCGGUAUCAUUCAAUCAGGAGUUGUUGUACUUUAUUGUACUCAGCUUGUCACCUCCGCAGUUGCAAACCAUGACGACGGUGAUAGCCGAUGCAAUCCACUCACCAAACUUCAGGAAGGAACCGAAACUUCGAUGGUCGUCCUUGGAGCCAUCAUGACACUCAUCGCUGUUGCUUACACUACUUUUAGGGCGGGUACACGUUCAUUUGAAUUUACGGGCAUGAUGGACGAUAACGGAGAUACCGGAUACGUUGCCCUUCAAGACUCGGAUCCAGAGCAUUCUAGGCCAAUCACUAAGCAGCCCAAGAAGAAAGAUCCACUCCGAAUUCAAGCCCUACAAGCUGCCAUUGCUGAAGGAUCUUUACCUGAGAGUGCUUUACAAGAGGAAGAGGAUGACCAUGAUGACGAGGGAGGGCUGUCGAAUGAAAAGGAUGAUGAGACCAUCAAGGUCCGGUAUCACUACUCGUCUUUCCAUUUCAUCUUUGUGCUAGCAACGAUGUAUGUGGCGAUGCUAUUGACACAUUGGAAUAUUGUCACCCAUGCGCAUGACGAUCACCAAUCGGACGAACUUGCAACGCCUGUAAAGAUUGGUAGAAGUACGGUGACAAUGUGGAUGAGGAUCAUAAGUGGUUGGGUGUGUUUAGUGAUGUACAGUUGGACACUCUUGGCCCCUGUGCUCAUGCCUGAUAGAUUCUCUGGCAUUUAAAACUCUCACCUCUUACCUCACUUCUUUUCAUCUUCAUCUUGACUCAUGAGGGGUCAUUUUUUGGAUCGUUUGUAUGUACUACCUACGUAUGCUGUGUGUGAUUGGAUUGGGAAAUUGUAGAAGGUGUUUUCAUUUUUGGAGAUCGUGAAGUCUUUGAAGCGAGUUGUUCAUCUCAUCCAAUCUCAUUGUAUAAUACCUUUUUUCAACAAUCAUUACGUUGAUUUAUCUUAUCGUUUUCUUCGAAUCUUUCUUAUCAUCCUUGAACUUUUUAUUCGAAUGUUUACACGGCUAUAAACCGCUGCAAUACUACAAUUUAUCAGCUCAAAGUGAACUGAAAAUCGACAUCGAGCU